AUGUCUUCCAAUACAAAAAAUCAAAAAACAGUUUGGAAUCCAGGUUUGGACAAUUCCAAUAAUGAAAUAGAUAGACAAAAGAAUAUCUCAAAAGAAUAUAUAAAUUCAUUUAAAUCCCCUUCCUCUUCCAAUUUUUCUUCUUCACCCUCAUCAUCAUCCUCUCUUUCAAUUUCACCUCGAUUUGCUUUUAUCACAGCUUCAGAACAAUAUUUUCGAUUACAACAAAAUAAUCAAAUAAAUCAAUUAAAACAACAACAAACCCAAAAACAACAAACAUGUUCAUUACCUCAAUUACCCCCUUGUUUGUUUAAUGGUGAAGGAAGAAUUCUUUUUAGAAGGCCUCCUCCAUUUUUCCAAUCAACUUCUUUACCUUUUCCAAUUCCAUUUAUACCUCCUCCAAAUUCCUUCUCAGAAACAGCUUCUUCAACAACAAUUCCUCAACCUUUUAUUCGACCACCACCAUUCUUUCCUUCUUUCUUUCCAUCAUUUGGAGGACCUUUAGGAAACUUUGCUAAUUUAGCAAUGACAUUGGCCGCUAAAAAACAAAAUGAAAAAUCAUUUACAAUUGUAGAAACAUUAAAAGAAGAUAAAAAUAAUAAAGAAAAAAUAAUUAAAAGAAGAAAAUCAUUAAUUAAUUGUAAAACGAGAAAAAGGCCUUUUCCUUCAAAAUUAAAUUUUAUAAUUAAUAAUAAUGGAAAUAAUGAUGGAAUUACUAAAACAAAAAAUGAUAUUAAUUGUGAAACACAAAAUGACAGAUUUAUAAGCCAAAAUAAGGAUAAAAUAUUUAAUAAUUCUUUACCAUCAACAACAAACCCGAUAAUUGAAUUAAUAUUAAAAGAAGAAAAUAAUAAAAUCAACAACAACAAUAAUUAUUUAAAUAUUAAUUUUAAUACUUGUGCAAUUUGUGGUGCUUCUUUUCGUUUAACUUCUGAAUUAAUUCAACAUGCUCGUUCCAAUCAUCGACAGCCUAACCGUUAUGAUAGACUUGAAGAGCCUUCUAUUGAAGAAGCUCAAAAAUUUAAUAAAGAAAGAAUUAAUGGAAAUAAUGAAAGAAGGAAAAAAUUUUAA